UAGAUGUAGAUUUUCAAGGCAUGAGCCGCUAUCCUUUAUACGGAGUUAACGAUGAUGGUGUCUGGACUCGCGGUGGCUCGAUGCCGGAGCCACCACGUGGUGCUUCCGUGCAACCCUUGCAUCCGAGCAUGCCUUAUUCAACUUAUCCAGCCACGACCACACAUACGACUAUUGUACAUUCACAACUAAAACCCGUAGCAGACGCUGAUAUAUACAAGGUAGGCAUCUACGGAUGGCGGAAACGGUGCCUCUACAUAUUUAUUCUUCUCCUAACUAUUAUUAUCGUAUUAAACUUAGCGAUGACUGCUUGGAUUAUGUCAGUACUGGAUUUUUCCACGGACGGCAUGGGCGCCCUCAAAAUACAAGAAGAUGGUAUCCGAGUUGAAGGGCGCGCUCAGUUCGACAAACCCGUCACAUUUUCACAUUUGAGCACUGCUAGGGAUGAAGCUCUGACAAUAGACUCGUUUCGUGGCAUACAUAUGCAAGCUCGUAACGCUACCGGCCAGGUUUCCGCUCGGAUGUCACUCACCGCUGAUGGCAAAACUCAAGCAGUUUGCAAUCGAUUCGAGGUGUUCGAUACCGACAACCGAUUGCUUUUCUUUGCCGAUGCGCAAGAAAUCGGGCUCAAGCUGGAAAACUUGCGAAUAUUAGAUGACGGCGGAAGCGUUUUUGAAGGUGCUAUACAAACUGCUUUUGUUAGACCUGAGCCCGACACUCCACUCAGGCUAGAAUCUCCAACACGUAGCGUCACUGUCGACGCAGCGCAAGACAUCGAGUUACUCACCGCUGCCGGUGAGGUCCGGAUAAACUCCCUUCUUGAUGUCACCAUUGCCUCCAAGCAGGGUGACAUUCGAUUGGAGUCUGCGAAUAUUUUCAUGGAAGCCCAACCAAGAAGUGCGGGCCGAGGAACACCACAGCUUCAGUUGUGCGUAUGUCACAAUGGACGCCUCUUCGUGGCCACACAGGGUGCGGAUUGCCGCGCUGAUAGAAAUAUCUGCCAGUGAAAUUAUGGUCUAAAUUUAUAUGUCUGAAAGAUUCUAAUUGGAAAUGAUAAUCAUGCCAUAUGUGAAGAAAGUGAUCUUUUGAUGAGCUCUACGAGGACCUAUUGUGAAUUAUGUGGAGAAUGUUUAUAAAUGAAACGAAAUUAAUUUCUCAACAAGAUGAUAUUGUAUCAAACUGUGAGUUUGUUAAUCAGUAGAAGCUU